UAUCAAUAACUAAUAAAGUUAGAUUCAACUUGAAUUAAAUAAUAACGACACAACCUAGUUUCAUGAAAAAGAUAAUAUGUAACAAAUUUUUAUAAAGUGUAAUGUUUCUAUGAGCAUUAUGUGUGUUACUGUAUAAUAUUAGUGAAAACUAGUCAUGUCUGAUGCUUGGGAAGAAAUUCAAGCUGUAAAAAGCAAACGAAAUAGUUUAAGAGAGAAAUUAGAGAAAAGAAAAAAGGAGCGGCAGAACAUUCUUGGGACGACCUUACCUGCUAGUGAUAAAGUUGAGGGAUCUUCGUCUAGCAAAGAAAGAGCUACCGGGAGCCCGGCAAGAAGUGAUGUGCCACCUGCAACAGAGAAAGCUAAGCCUGUUCCAUCGGCAUCGUUGGAAGUGAGACUAUUACAAGUGCUCUCAGACAUGCAGCUCCAGCUCCCAGCCACUGCCAGUGCUCUGAUGCCUGGCCUUGGCGAUGUAGAUGCAGGCAUUGUUGCUAGCUUAUUACAAAAAUUUGCCACUCAGAAACUCAUCAACAUAAAAGAGCGAACCGAGAGUACAACAGAUGCAAGUAUUGAGGUGGUCAGUGCAGAGUCAGUGAGGCUGGCUGCAGUGCUUGCAGCUAUCAUGGAGGAACAGACUAAUACUUCAAACACUAGUAAAAGAAAAGGUGAAAAAGUUACAGAAGGUUCAAAUCCUAAAGUAUUUAAAUCCAACACAGAAGAGAAGAAAGCUACAAAAAGUGAUACUGACAUAAUGUCAUUACUAGCAAUGCCAUCAAGUAGAGAAAAAGCAGUCAAAAGAGUUGGAGAAGAAAUAAUGGAUCUUCUUAGUAAACCCACUGCAAAAGAAAAGUCUUUAGCUGAUAAAUUUAAAAGUCAAGGAGGUGCCCAAGUGAUGGAGUUCUGUCCGCACGGGACGCGCGCGGAGUGUGUCCGGCUUGACGGGCGAGACGCCGGUUGCAAGAAGCUGCACUUCAAGAAGAUCAUACAGUCGCACACCGAUGAGUCACUUGGAGACUGUUCCUUCCUGAAUACAUGCUUCCAUAUGGACACUUGCAAAUAUGUUCACUAUGAAGUGGACAAUGCAGACCCAAAUGUGACAGCACACAAAGCGUCCACUGAAGCCUCUGCUAAAUCUGGCCAAAAUGGUUCAAAUCCCGUGACGAAACCAGACGGAGUUUUGACGCUAACCCCACCUCAAUGGAUACAGUGCGACUUGAGAUAUUUGGAUAUGACGUUUUUAGGAAAGUUUGCGGUAAUAAUGGCAGACCCGCCCUGGGACAUCCACAUGGAGUUACCGUACGGCACGAUGUCGGACGACGAGAUGAGGUGUCUGGGUGUACCGCAGCUGCAGGAUAGCGGACUCAUAUUCCUCUGGGUCACAGGCAGGGCGAUGGAGCUGGGUCGCGAGUGCCUCAAGCUGUGGGGCUACGAGCGUGUGGACGAGCUGAUCUGGGUGAAGACCAACCAGCUGCAGCGCAUCAUCCGCACCGGCCGCACCGGACACUGGCUCAACCACGGCAAGGAGCACUGUCUUGUAGGGAUGAAGGGCAACCCCGAGAACCUGAACCGCGGGCUGGACUGUGACGUCAUCGUCGCCGAGGUGCGCGCCACCAGCCACAAGCCCGACGAGAUAUACGGAAUUAUCGAGCGACUAAGCCCAGGGACUAGAAAGAUAGAAUUGUUUGGACGACCCCACAAUGUUCAACCCAAUUGGAUCACACUUGGCAACCAAGUAGACGGCGUGCGACUCGUGGAUCCAGAGCUGAUAGCAGCGUUCAAGAAGAGAUAUCCCGAUGGAAACUGUAUGGCCCCCCCACCCCCUGACCCCAGUUUAGCCUAAUUCUAUUUCAAGUUAUGGACAUUAAAUUAAAUAUUUUGUGGAAUAAAAUUAAUUAAACAGUGACCAAACAACACAAACUUAUAAAGGAAUUGAGCAAGAGGAAGAAAGCAUAAUUAUUAUCAUUAAUUAAUGACAUGGUAAGU